AUGGAGGAGGACGUUCUGGACAAACUCGAGGACAUGGCGUCGGUGCAGGACUUCGACCCCCUCACGGGCAGCAUCCCGGCCACCAAAGUGGAGAUCACGGUCUCCUGCAGGAAUCUUUUGGAUAAAGAUACAUUCUCCAAGUCUGACCCAUUGUGUGUGCUGUAUACUCAGGGCAUAGAGACCAAGCAGUGGAGAGAGUUUGGCAGGACAGAAGUCAUUGACAACACCUUGAACCCCGACUUUGUGCGGAAGUUCAUCCUCGAUUACUUUUUUGAAGAGAAGCAGAAUUUGCGCUUUGAUCUUUAUGAUGUAGAUUCCAAGAGUCCAGACCUGACCAAACAUGAUUUCCUUGGUCAAACAUUCUGUACUCUGGGGGAGAUUGUUGGAUCACCAGGAAGUCGCUUGGAGAAGCCUUUGAUAAUGGGAGCAUUUACAUUACAUUCCAAAACUGGGAAGCCUAUGCCAUCUGUCUCCAAUGGAGAAAUUCCGGGGAAAAAGUGUGGCACCAUCAUUCUCUCAGCUGAAGAACUGGGCAAUUGUAGGGAUGUGGCCACAAUGCAAUUCUGUGCCAACAAGCUGGACAAGAAAGACUUCUUUGGGAAAUCAGACCCUUUCAUGGUAUUCUUCAGAAGUAACGAAGAUGGAACAUUUACCAUUUGUCAUAAAACUGAAGUGGUGAAGAACACUCUGAAUCCAGUAUGGCAAUCAUUUGCUAUCCCUGUGCGAGCCUUGUGCAAUGGAGACUAUGACAGAACCAUAAAAGUAGAGGUAUAUGACUGGGAUCGAGAUGGUAGUCAUGAUUUCAUUGGAGAGUUUACAACCAGCUAUAGAGAACUGGCACGAGGACAAAGCCAGUUUAAUGUCUAUGAGGUGGUAAAUCCCAAAAAGAAAAUGAAGAAAAAGAAAUACUCUAAUUCAGGAACAGUAACAUUGCUGUCAUUUGCCACUGAAUCAGAACAUACGUUUCUAGAUUACAUCAAAGGAGGGACACAGAUCAAUUUCACAGUGGCCAUUGAUUUCACAGCUUCCAAUGGCAAUCCUUCUCAGUCUACCUCCCUUCAUUACAUGAAUCCAUACCAGCUCAAUGCAUAUGCCAUGGCACUGAAGGCUGUUGGGGAGAUCAUCCAGGACUAUGACAGUGAUAAAAUGUUCCCAGCGCUUGGGUUUGGAGCCAAGAUUCCCCCCGAUGGGCGUGUCUCUCAUGAGUUCCCUUUGAAUGGCAACUGUGACAAUCCUCACUGUAGUGGAAUAGAAGGAAUCCUUGAAGCAUAUCACCAGAGCCUCAAGACUGUGCAGCUCUAUGGCCCAACUAACUUUGCACCAGUGGUCAACCAUGUGGCUGGAUAUGCCUCGGCUGUGCAAGAUGGCUCCCAGUAUUUCGUUUUACUCAUCAUCACGGAUGGUGUGAUAUCAGACAUGGCUCAGACAAAAGAAGCAAUUGUCAAUGCUGCCAAACUUCCAAUGUCUAUAAUAAUUGUGGGUGUUGGACAGGCUGAAUUUGAUGCAAUGGUGGAAUUGGAUGGAGAUGAUGUUCGGAUCACAUCUCGUGGAAGGACUGCUGAACGUGACAUUGUCCAGUUUGUACCAUUCCGCGAUUACAUUGACCGCACUGGCAACCACGUCUUGAGUAUGGCACGGCUGGCUAAGGACGUGCUGGCUGAGAUUCCAGACCAGUUCAUCUCCUACAUGAAGGGGCGUGGCAUCAAACCUAAUCCAGCUCCACCUCCUUACUUUCCCUCAAGCCACACCCUUCAGACCGAAAUCUGAAGAU